AGGCAUGCAAAGCAGCUCCAAUGGUUUGGGGUCAGUCGGAGAUCAUUAGAAUCAGUUUAGCUCAUCGCCAAUGCCAUGUUCCAUUUACAGCUACCACCUGAAAUGGGCAACCAAAUGUGGAGCAUUAUCUUGGGACUGCUGGUGCUGGAGCAACUGGUGGCCGAAUCCGUGGCGGCCAAUCUCGCCCAGCUGGUGAAGAAGCAGAGUCAGCAGAAGCAGGUGCAAUCCUCGCAGACAGGACAACAGCCGGGGCAGCAACAACAGCUGCCUCAAGGACAGCAGAUCCAUGCCCAGCAGUAUGUGCAGGAUACCCUGGCCGAGCAGCAGGAUCUGAAGGCCGAGGAGGAGGAGGAUCACGAUCCCUACCAGCUGUUGGAGGAGGCGAAACAGGAGUCGCGGUUGCCGAACUCUGCGCAUUAUCCCUGGAGUCCAUAUGCCGCCGCUUCGGGGAAUCCCUAUGAGAGCAUGCCCAAGAUGCUCCCUUUUAUUGGCUAUGCCCAGCCGGUGCUGAUUCCUUUCCCGCUCUACCUCGCUCCGGACAUGUUCUAUCCCGCUUUUCCUGGCUCCAGCAACGAUCUCGAGGAAGUGGUGAUGUCGAGAGCAGCCGGUGGUCGUCGUCCUGCUGCAAAUCACGCUUCAACCGCCCGCAAUUCACCCAUUUACUAUGUGAGAUUGCCCCCCACGCCCUAUAUGUUUUUGCCCAACAUGCCGACGGCUCCAUUUGGCGGAGGAUUCUCACCACUGCUCACCUACCAACCGAUGCCCUCGUUCUCCGCCUACGGUUCCGUAUUUAAUCUGCCCGUGAAUUUCCUGGCCAAUGGAAAACCCUCGGGAGUCUACCAGGUCAAUGGAUCACCGGGAGAGGGAUUGGGAUCCCUGUCAGCUGGCUUGGGUGGCGGAGGAUUUGGCAUGCGACCACCCACGCCCAGCAAUCCCUACAGACCCAUGUCGACUCCUUCGAUGGGCGGAUACGGAGGCUCCCAGCAGAACUUUGGCCUUGCCUCGAUGCCAGUUCCUCAGCAGGACUCCAAGCUGACCUCCCUGAAGCGUCCCUUCGUGUUCAACGGUCGUCCCGAGGACAUCUACAUCCUGCCCAACAACAUAAGUCCGCUCUACAACGAUCAGAGCUACUACUGAGUGCAACUUCUGCAAAUGCCUGUGGCACCAACUGAAAGUAUUACAUAACUCAUUUACUAGAUCGUUAUUUGCAUCAUAACGAAGCUUAAAUAGUAGU